AUGGCGCCCACCAAAGGGUCGUCCAAAGGCGCCUCAUCCGGAGGUAGCCACAAGGGCUCCAAGACUUCGAAUUUCUCGUCUGACUCGCGCGUGAGCAAGUCCAGCAAGAAGAAUGCGCCCAAGCGCCCCCCGCCGAAAGAAGUCAAGUCAAAGGCACGCACCGCCCCAGAGAAUCUGCAGAAGAAGAAGAAGAGAAAGUACACAGAGGCAGAACUCAAUUUGCCCAAGCUGAACUCAAUUACGCCUGUUGGAGUUGUGAAGCCCAAGGGCAAGAAGAAGGGAAAGACUUUUGUCGAUGACUCGGAGGGUAUGAUGACAAUCCUUGCCAUGGUCAAUGCAGAGAAAGAGGGCCAGAUCGAAUCCAAGAUGAUGAAGGCACGCCAACUGGAAGAGAUCCGCGAGGCCAGGAAGAAGGAGAUGGAGGCAAGAGUUGCAGAGAAGAAGGGCAAGCUCGAAGCCGUCAAGGACUCAAUCCGGAAUAAGAAGAAGGGCAAGGGUGCUAGUGACGAGAGCUCCUCUGCGGUCUCGAAAUCUAGCGGCUCCAAAUUCUCCAAGCCGAAGCGCAAGAGUGUCUCAUUUGCUUGAUCGAAACCCACAAAAGCACAAAGGGAGUAUUGCCUAUACCAUGUUCAUGUACCUAGACGGGGGUCUGGCGUUUGUACCGGUUUAUCUCUAUUUCUCAGUUCAAAACAUCAAUUGAUUGUCAAUAGCGCUAGUGAUCAUGAUGCUACAUAUUCACAC